CAGCAUACGAAGCGAUAGCAUUUAGCGACACCAUCGUUUUACUUUACGGCAAACAAGUAAAUUAGAAAUUUUAUUGUUUAAUGAUUAUUGGCCAAUUACCAAUGCAUCACAAGAUAUAUUUUGGAUAGAAAAUAUAUCAAUUGGACAAUCAGCUUCUAAGACAAUGAUUUCUGUAAAAAUAUUUUCAAUAGUUCAAACAUAAAGGAAGUGCAGUAGAAGGCGGAUACGGCAAUACGUCUAAAACUUUAGCAAGUGAGUAUCAUCUUUGUUACUUCACGGCGAUAUCAGUACGAAAUGCAGUACUAUAUAUGCUACUGUUUAUUGUGCUAUCAACGAUGAUGAGCCAGCAAUUUAACAUAAGUCAGGUGCGUUCACCGACUCAGGAUUUCAUUAUGAUGAACAACAACAACAACUAUCUACCUGGAGUAUCCCGCCUAAGUGAAGGUUUCCAGAUACUAUUAGCACCGCUAGGACCACAAACAACAGUACCUGGUGUUGAUAUCACAACAAGUCCUGUAUUAGCUGUCCAAGCAGCUGGGAUGAAUUGUGCAUUAGAUUCUACUGGAAUAAUGACAAAUGUUGCUGACAAUGUACCUCAUAAUUCUCAACUAGAUUUGACAGGAACUCAUUCUUUAGAUUCUCAAGUGAAAGAUCUGUCUUCUUCUCCAGCGGGUAUUGAAGUUGAAAUGAACCCACCAGAUUUAUGUGAACACCAGGGACCUCUCAGUUCAAACUUAUCUCAAAUUUCUGGUUGGAGUAGCUCAUCAUAUAAUAUAGGUACUAAGAAUCCAAGUGUGAGUAAUUUCACAUUUACAACACCAACUCAGUCCUAUCUACAUUCUCCAGCAUUAACAGCUACUACCCAAUUUCAUAACACAAGAUUAAGGCCACAGACUUUUGCACCUGGUUGUAAUGCCCAGUGGAAACAUUCAGUGCCAAGGAAAAUGCCAUGGUUACCCCAUAGCUCUGUGUCCUGCCCUCAAGGUCUUUCAGUAUUUACAGGAAUUCAGUCAUCAGGGGCAUGUUCCAUCCCUCUACAAGCACAACACAUUGCUGGAACUAGCACUCUUUAUUCUCCACAAAUGUACCAGCCAGUGGCCUCGUGUAGUGAACUCACUAGGAGACAUAAAAGACGGCAUACAGUAGACUCUAUUGGGGAGGAAUGUCCAAACAAUAAGAUACAUUUAACAGAAGAUAAAAUAGCAAGACACAUGAAGGAUCUGCGGAUACACAACAUCUCACCACCACCAAGUUCUGUCUUACAGCCAGGUUCUGUCUUACAGCCAGGUUCUGUUUUACAACCAAGUUCUGUCUUACAGCCAGGUUCUGUUUUACAACCAGGUGAUCAUGUGGAUACUAGUCAGGGAGGAAUACUGUCUGUAGGUGGAGAUCCCAUGUCUGAUACUUGUUACCCAGGACAGAAUAAUCACAACACUUGUAAUAAUGAAUUUCUGAGACACAGUCAAAGGCAGUGGCAUGACUUUAAACUUCUUGAAGAAAAGUUACAGAUGAUAGAUGAAGAUACUACAUCAGACAAUGAAGACACAUCAAAACGUGAGCCAGUAUUACAUAUUGUAGAUGGUAUAAAUGUAACGCCAAAGGAAGUUCUUCCACGACAUAUAAUUGAUAGAAUAAAGAACCCAUGUCAGGAGAUAGUAUUGUGGAGUCCACAGAUAGUACCAGAUAAAGGAGAUGAUGAUUUGUGUGAAGAUAAUGACAAUAAUACUGAACAAACUGACAUGAUGGAAGCACAAUUUUGUGAGGAUAAAGUGUUGGAGGAUUCUGGCAUGGAAACAGAUCCUGAUGAUGAAGAUCUGUAACAUGUGCUUAACCCCAUCUUGUAUGUAAAGAUGAAAACUUCAAUAUAAUGUACUGUUCUGAUGAAGACUGCAGUAUUAUAUGGAGGUGAAAUGUGCAGAUGUAAAACACUAUAUGGAGAUGAAAACACUAUGUGCAGGUAAAUGUGAAAACUACAGAACUAUAUGGAGAUGGAAACAGAAACACUAUGUGAAGAUUAAAACUGCAACACUAUAUGGAGAUGGAAAUACUAUGUGCAGAUAAACAUUGCAACACUGUGUGCUGAUGGAAACAGAAACACUGUUUGUGAUGUAAAUUUAAGAAAACUAUGUAAAAGACAUAAGCACUAUGUGUAGGUAGAAACAGAAACAAUCUGUUGGGGGAAACACAAAUACUGUGAAAAGAUAAAAACUGAAACACUAGGUGAAGCUGUGAAGGUUAUUUAAACACUAAAACACUAUGUGUAUGUAGAAACAGAAACACUCUGUAGGUGAAAACAAAAACACUAUGUGAUGAUAAAAACUGAAACACUAGGUGAAGAUAAAAACUGAAACACUAUGUGAAGAUAAAAACUGAAACACUAUGUGAUGAUAAAAACUGAAACACUAUGUGAUGAUAAAAACUGAAACACUAUGUGAAGAUAAAAACUGAAACACUAGGUGAAGAUAAAAACUGAAACACUAUGUGAAGAUAAAAACAAAAACACUAUGUGAAGAUAAAAACUGAAACACUAUGUGAAGAUAAAAACUGAAACACUAGGUGAAGAUAAAAACUGAAACACUUUGUGAGAAACUAGAUGAAGGUUUAGAUCAGUUGACAAUAGUUGCAGUGAUUGCAGAUGAUUCUAGAAGUACUGAUUAUCAUUGUUCUGAUGAUAAUAUGAUAAUAUUAUCACUGUGUGUGCUGAUAAAUAUAAACAUGCUAUGUGCAUAGUGUGCAUAUUACAUGUGAAGUAUUGUACCAUUGGAAUUUACCUGCUACCAGAAGUAAAGAUUAUGUGCGUAAAAAAUAAACAACAUGUGAAUUUGUAAUCAUUGUAUGUUGUGGAGAUUAAAAUUGAAAUGACGUGCUGUUAAAAAUUUAGAAUAUUGGACUUAUUUAUAAGUUACAUGCGCUAAAAUGAAGGAGAAAGCGUGGCAUGUAAAUUUAAAAGUAAUCAAGUUUGUUUCAGUUAUGUUGUUACCUGGAAUAGUAUAAAAAUUGGUGCUAGUGCUGUACACAGUACAACAGGUAUUGUCAUUAUUUAACUUGUCUAUUUUGAGGAAUAGGUUGAACUAUUUUGUUCACUGUUGCAUCAUCAUAGUUGUUGUCUUUGUCGUCAUGCAAAACCUUUUUUUUUCAAAUAUCUAAAAGGGUAUUAACACAAAACUUGGAAUACUUGCCUAUCUGAAAUCACAAGGUGCAAAGAGCAUUAUUAUAAAAAAUAUUUUUUUAGUUAUACACCUUUUUUAGCUCACCUGUCACAAAGUGACAGGGUGAGCUUUUGUGAUCGCUUUUCGUCCGGCGUCCAUCCGUCGUCCGUCCGUAAACUUUUGCUUUAAAUGACAUCUCCUCAUAAACCACUGAGCCAAUUUCAUCCAAACUUCACAGGAAUGUUCCUUUGGUGGUCACCUUUAAAAAUUGUUCAAAGAAUUUAAUUCCAUGCAGAACUCUGGUUGCCAUGGCAACCGAAAGAAAAAUCUUUAAAUAUCUUCUUUUAAACAACCCUAAGAGCUAGAGCUUAGAUAUUUGGCAUGAAACAUCUUCUAGUGAGUGUCUACCAAGUGUGUUCAAAUAAAAGCCCUGGGGUCAAAAUUGGCCCCGCCCCAGGGGGUCAUUGAUUUUCCCUAUAUGCAUAUAGUAAAAACUAAAAAAAUCUUCUUUUAAAGAACCCAAAGAUCUAGAGCUAAGAUAUUUAGCAUGAAACAUCUUCUAGUGAGUGUCUACCAAGUUUGUUCAAAUAAAAGCCCUGGGGUCAAAAUUGGCCCCGCCCAAGGGGGUCAUAGAUUUUCCCUAUAUGCAUAUAGUAAAAACUUAAAAAAUCUACUUUUAAAGAACCCAAAGAGCUAGAGCUAAGAUAUUUGGAAUGAAACAUCUUCUAGUGAGUGUCUACCAAGUUUGUUCAAAUAAAAGCCCUGGGGUCAAAAUUGGCCCCGCCCAAGGGGGUCAUAGAUUUUCCCUAUAUGCAUAUAGUAAAAACUUAAAAAAUCUUCUUUUAAAGAACCCAAAGAGCUAGAGUUAAGAUAUUGGCAUGAAACAUCUUCUAGUGAGUGUCUACCAAGUUUGUUCAAAUAAAAGCCCUGGGGUCAAAAUUGGCCCCGCCCCAGGGGGUCAUUGAUUUUCCCUAUAUGCAUAUAGUAAAAACUUAAACAAUCUUCUUUUAAAGAACCAAAAGAGCUAGAGCUAAGAUAUUUAGCAUGAAACAUGUUCUAAUGGGUGUCUACCAAAUUUGUUCAAAUAAAAGCCCUGGGGUCAAAAUUGGCCCCGCCCAAGGGGGUCAUAGAUUUUCCCUAUAUGCAUAUAGUAAAAACUUAAAAAAUCUACUUUUAAAGAACCCAAAGAGCUAGAGCUAAGAUAUUUGGAAUGAAACAUCUUCUAGUGAGUGUCUACCAAGUUUGUUCAAAUAAAAGCCCUGGGGUCAAAAUUGGCCCCGCCCAAGGGGGUCAUAGAUUUUCCCUAUAUGCAUAUAGUAAAAACUUAAAAAAUCUUCUUUUAAUUAACCCAAAGAGCUAGAGUUAAGAUAUUGGCAUGAAACAUCUUCUAGUGAGUGUCUACCAAGUUUGUUCAAAUAAAAGCCCUGGGGUCAAAAUUGGCCCCGCCCCAGGGGGUCAUUGAUUUUCCCUAUAUGCAUAUAGUAAAAACUUAAACAAUCUUCUUUUAAAGAACCAAAAGAGCUAGAGCUAAGAUAUUUAGCAUGAAACAUGUUCUAAUGGGUGUCUACCAAAUUUGUUCAAAUAAAAGCCCUGGGGUCAAAAUUGGCCCCGCCCCGGGGGUCAUUGAUUUUCCUUAUAUGUGUAUAGCAAAAACUUAAAAAUCUUCUUUGAAAAAACCCAAAUAGCUAGAGUUUAGAUAUUAAGCAUGAAACAUCUUUAAGUAAAUAUCUACAAAGUUUGUUCAAAUAAAAGCCCGGGGUCAAAACUGGCCCUGCCACAGGGGUGUCAUUGUUUUAAACUAUAUGUGUAUAGUAAAAACUUAAAAAAUCUUCUUUUACAAAACCCAAUGAGCUAGAACUUAGAUGUUUAGCAUGAAACAUCUUCUUAUGGGUGUCUACCAAGUCUGUUCAAAUAAACAAAUAAAAGCCCUUGGGUAAAAAAUGGCCCGGGGGGGGGGGCUAUAUACAGGUGACCGACCUCAGGGCCAUCAUGGCCCUCUUGUUUACUGAUCUUUGUGAAAUGGACUUGAUAAAUACACUGAUUUCAAAAUAUGACAGGCAUCAAUCUGAAACUUGAAAUACUUCAUUACUUGUUUAUCAAGACUAUAUGCACUUGCUAGACAAGGAUCAUUGUUUUGAAAGCAAUAUUUUAGGAGAUUAUUAAGCCACUUUUUAACUAAGAACAUUUGUAAUAAUUGAUUAUUGAGUCAUUGUCAGUGGCUUAUUUACUUUUUUGUCAGUUUUUUUUUCCACAUAAUUCAUAAAUUUGUGACCUUGGCGUUGUAAUUGUUUGUUAUAUUACAGAUGCCAUAUGAGUUGAUCAUUAUGUAAUGCACAGGUCAAUUGUAACCCCAGCAUCUUAACCCUGGGUCAGUUUAGGACAUUAUGCGGGUGAGCCACGUUUUUACCUUCCAUUUUUCCAAUAGUUCCAGCCAGGAAUUAAGCUCUUAAGGUCUGUAACUAAUAAAUAUACAUGAUAUGCCACAAGUUUUUUAAUCAGACCUGUGAUUACAACAAAAUCACAAAAUCAAAAUUUUAAUACAUGUCUACCAGAUCUUAAUUGUGAUUGAUAGAUAAAAAUCUAGAUUUGAACAAUCUUAUUUAAAGUGUAUUGAGACUGUUUCUACAUAGCUAUUGGGGAAUAUUACCCUUAGUUCAAAGCUUUGGCUAUUAGAACAGUGUGGUUUUAUUCAGGUGCCUGUUCGUGCGUGAAAUAAUGCAUGGAAGUGCAACUGAGGUCUUCUUCCUCCAGUUAAACUAGUGGCCAUAUGACCUAUUAUGGCUGUACAGUGUUGUGACUUAAACCCCAACCCAAAUUUGUUUAAUACCUUCACUGCCUAAUCAAUGUGGCGGAUUUUAGAUGGAAGACAUGUCCAACCUGCAGUAUAUUGGUUUUGGUUUCUUACUGUACCAGCAAGUUUAAGUGUUUACUGUGGUUUUAAAAAUCAUAAAUGCAAAAAAGUCCCCUCUUUUUUGUCGGGAAGGAGGUGCUGAGGUUACUAUAAACUUGUGCAUAACUGAAAUAAACUAUUGUGGCUUCUAUCAAGUUUUGUUGUGAAAAUUUGUGGAAUUUCAGGGAAUGUUUUGUUAUACUUAUUAUAUAGAAAUGGUUUUAGGUAACAUAGAAUAUUGAAGCGCUGAAACUUUGCAUAUUCUGAACUUGUAAAAUUGUAUUUUACCAGGCAAGACAUUGUUAAUGUUGCAUAUCACAUGCAUACUUCAAAAAACUAGUCAAAGUAUGAGUCAUUUUCUGUCAUGAAUUGAUCAUAGAAGUUUUGUCAAGUUUUGUCACUUUUUCAAUUCCAGCACAUGAAAAAAUGUCAAUGUGUUAAAUGUACAUGUAUGACUAACAGAAAUCUUUAGAUCAAUUGACCAGGAAAGAUAAAAGAGAUUUUAUGCUUGAGUUUUUGAUAUGAAUUUUACGUCAGAUUGAUUUGUAAUGUAAUCACUCCAGAGUCAGCACAAUGAACUUGUAAAUGAAAAAUAUAAUUUCAUGUAAAAAGUGCUUUCAAAAUAAUGCUGUAUUUAUUUGUUACUGUUUACCACUCACAGAUCACAUGGUUGUUUUUGAUUAAAUAUCUCACUUGCUACUCAAUUUUCAGUUUUUAGCUCACCUCUCACAAAGUGACAGGGUGAGCUUUUGUGAUCGCUUUUCGUCCGGCGUCUGUCGUCCGUAAUUUUUUACUUUAAAUGACAUCUCCUCAUAAACCACUUAGCCAAUUUCAUCCAAACUUAACAGGAAUGUUCCUUUGGUGGUCACCUUUGAAAAUUGUUCAAAGAAUUUAAUUUCACGCAGAACUCUGGUUGCCAUGGCAACCAAAAGAAAAAACUUUAAAUAUCUUCUUUUAAAAAACCCAAAGAGCUAGAGCUUAGAUUUUUGGCAUGAAACAUCUAGUGAGUGUCUACAAAGUUUGUUCAAAUAAAAGCCCUUGGGUCAAAAUUGGCCCCGCCCUCGGGGACAUUGAUUUUCCUUAUAUGUGUAUAGCAAAAACUUAAAAAAUUUCUUUGAAAAAAACCCGAAUAGCUAGAGUUUAGAUAUUAAGCAUGAAACAUUUUCUAGUAAGUGUCUUCAAAGAUUGUUCAAAUAAAAGCCCUGGGGUCAAAACUGCCCCUGCUCCAGGUGUGUCAUUGUUUUUAACUAUACAGUACGCUCAGCGCGGCUUUUUCAAAACCCGCGUGACACCGCGGAUGAGGUUUACCGCGGACGAAAAUUUGCUCAGAUAUUGUCCGCGUUACCCCGCGGACAGAAAAUUUUCACCACCGCGGACAUAAAUCGGCGGCUGAAACCGUUUCCCCCGCGGAACGCAAUGGUAAAUUGCGGAGGAACGCGGCGGUCAAACACCGGUCAACGCGGUGGAAACCUUAAAUUUUAAAAAUGAAUUAAUGUAUUUAAACAUCAGUAUACGUACGUACUGUAACAUGUACUGUACAUAUAACUAUAUGUAAAAUUUGUUUGUUUUCUUUUUGUUGUAAUAAAAGUACAUGCAGUGUAUUUCUUGUUCUUCUUCUUGUUAUUGUGUUGGGUAAUGUAUAAUAUGUAUUCGACAUCAAGAUAAAUCAUUGUGUCGCAAUUUCAUUGUAGUGAGAAACUUUAAGUCAAAUAAUGAAAAAUUCGGCAUAUGACAUUUAUGAAAAAGAUACUGCAACAAUUUAUAUGCCAGCUUUUGUUUCUUAUUUAAAAACUUUGAAAACGUAACCCUCAACAAUUUAUUCAGGCAAUAUUCCAGGACGUCUCUUUCAAUUGUCAGAUGCGUUUUUCUGUUUCUGUUUAUUUGCAUGUUGAUCAUAAAGUCUAAUAUUUUAUUUGGAACAUUAAAAGAAAGCGUUUAUUUCACCAAAAUAUACAUUAAAUGAUAUUCUUGAUUUAUCUAAUUACAGGUGUGAGCGUAAUGUAUAUGUUUUAAAGUUUGUAUCAACUGUUGAAGUUUAUUUUCAUUUUUAGCUCACCUGUCACAAAGUGACAGGGUGAGCUUUUGUGAUCGCUUUUCGUCCGGCGUCCGUCCGUCCGUCGUCCGUCCGUCGUCCGUCCGUAAACUUUUGCUUUAAAUGACAUCUCCUCAUAAACCACUGAGCCAAUUUCAUCCAAACUUCACAGGAAUGUUCCUUUGGUGGUCACCUUUAAAAAUUG